GCAGAGCUCGGCAGUGAUUACUUCACACACACACACACACACACACACAAAGGAGGAGUUCUUGCUCCUCAGGAAACCCUGCAAGCUCGGAUCGCUACUACAAAAACAUUUGUCUCAGUGGAUUAUCCUCACUGUCAGCAGGAGCCCAGCCAGAAUGAAACUAGUUCACGUAGCUCUGCUCUAUCUCGGCUCCGUGACCUUCUUCGGGGUGGAUGCUGCAAGGGUGGACGUAGCGACAGAGUUCAAAAGAAAAUGGACGAAAUGGGCACUAAGCCGAGCCAAGCGGGACGUGAAGCCUGCGGGCGUGCUCCGAGGGCUGGGGGCAGCCGCCGACGUGCUGCCUCUCAUACGCACCCAGGACGUGAAGGAGGAUUCCCGAGUCUCGCCUCCCAGCAACCGGGAGGAUGCUCACAUCCGCGUCAAGCGCUACCGCCAGAGCAUUAACAGAUUCCCCCACUUCCAAACAAAGGCGUGCCGCUUCGGGACGUGCACGGUGCAUUGGCUGGUCGACGAGCUCCACAGGGCGGCCGUCAACGAUAGGAACGAUGCCGCCCCCCCCAACAAGAUCAGCCCCCAGGGCUACGGCCGCCGGCGGCGUUCCCUGCCCGAGCACCGAAGCCCAGCGCGCUCCCUCCGCUCCGGGCGGCGCCCACGGACGCGCCGGGCACAGCCCCUCGCCUCCGUCCUCGGAGUCUGAGCGCCGCAAGACCCGGCCGAGGCCGCCUCGACGGAUGGACUGAGGCACGGGCGGAGAUCCGCCAGGAUUCGCGAAGAGCGCCUGCCCGGGCGGGACCCCGGCGCGCCCUCCGCGGGGGAGCUGAAAGGGCAGCGGACGCUGCGCCCCCCGCCCGCCACGGACUCUCGCCCUCCCCGGGCCGGGCACCGCCGGCUCCCGCAGCCGCCGCCGCCCAGGACGCGAAGGCGCCGCCGCUGCACCCGGGGGGCCGGGCGGCCCUCGCCGCCCUCCCGCGCCCCGCUGCCCCGAGGAGAGGAUGCUCAGGGGGGGACCCGCCGGUGGGCGACGGGCCCCGGCCUCGCCCUCCGCCCCCGAGGGUCGGAGGGUGCGCGUCAGCCGUGGGCAAGGACAGGCCGCCCACAUCUGCUCUACCCUCUGCGUUAUGUGCACCCGGCAGGGAAUCGGACACUCACUAGUCCCUGCGGGGACUGCGAUAUACUUGAACGUCACAGAGAGGAAAAGUGCAAUUGUACGUGGUUUUUGUUAAUUAUAAGUGCGGUGUGUGUGGAUCACGAGAUAUGCAUCGGUAUUUAAGAUUGUUCUGUGUCAUGUCUUUUUUUUUUUUUGGAAAAAUAUAUUUUAUUUUUAUACGGUUUAUAUAUAUAUAUAUAUAUAUAUAUUGCAUAAGGGCAUUUUAAAACAUUGUAUCCCCUCUAUUUUUCAUAUCGUGAAUGUCAAACGUUAGACUCUUUUUCCAUACCUUUUUUUAAUCUUGCAUUCCAGACUGGUGAAAGAUAUAGAGAAUGUAUCAGCUGUUCUCCAUGGGUAAUAUGUGAAAUAAAAUAAACACAAUUACAUAAAACA